AUGAGUGGUCAAACUUUUCGUGAAGAUCUAAAAGAAAAAGCGAUUCGAUGGCUCGAGGAGAACCGUGGAAUUGUAAUUUUAUUCUUCGUACUCCCGGCGAGUUUGAUUUUCGACUUGUUUGUUCGGGUUCGCAUUUGGGUGAAUCGAAAGUUCCUCGAGAAGAGUUCGACUCACGAAAAUCGCGUUGAGACUAUUCAGCAACGGGUAAAAGUCUGGAAUAGCACUCCAUCAAGCGAUCGAAAGCUUCUUUGUACUUCAAGGCCAAAUUGGCAGAGUCUAUCAACUACGUUUUUCGAUAAAACAAAAUGCCAUCAGAUUCCUGUCGAUUUACAUGAAAUCUUAGCGUUAGAUGAGAAAAAUCUCAUCCUACACGCUGAGCCAAACGUUACCGUGGCCGAGGCUUGCAAGUACUUAGUGCCAAAGGGUUAUGCUCUCGCGGUGACACUCGAGAUUGGCGACGCGACACUGGGCGGGCUAGCGUUUGGAGUGGGCAUGACGACGCACUCGCACAAGGUCGGUCUUUACCAAGAAACGAUCGUUGAGUACGAGGUGGUGACAUCAAAGGGAGAUUUGCUAAUCGUGACAGGUGAGAACGAGCAUUCGGAUUUGUUUUAUUGCUUGCCUUGGUCACACGGGACAUUGGGCUUUUUGACGUCAUUGAAAUUGAAGUUAAUUAAAGUGAAGCCAUAUGUACAUAUGACUUAUUUACCGAUGCGACAAGAGGAAACCCUUUGUCGGCAAAUGAUGAAACUGUCUGGAGCGAUCGAUAAAGAUUAUCAGGUGGCUGACUUCCUCGAGGCUACCAUCUACGACAAAGACAAAGCGGUGAUCAUGGUGGCCAAUUUCGCCGAGGUGGACACCCUGAAAAAGUGGUGGAAGAUCAAUGACGUGACUCGUUGGUGGAAGCCGUGGUUCUACAAGUACGUGGAGACGAAAUUCAUUGGUGGGGGCUCAGAGUACAUCCCGUUGGAGUCAUAUCUCUUGAGGCACAACAGAGCAAUCUUUUGGGUGGUCGAGGACAUGAUCCCGUUUGGAAAUCACUGGUUAUUUAGGCUUCUCUUCGGCUGGCUUUUACCUCCAAAGCCGGCUUUUCUCAAAUUCACGACAACGAGCGCUGUUCGAGAGAUGACUUUCGCAAAGCAAGUUUUUCAAGACAUCGUGAUGCCACUGGAGACGCUGGACUCGCAAAUGGCGAAAGCUGUCGAGCUUUUUGAGAGAUAUCCAUUGCUCGUCUACCCAUGUCGGAUCUACGAUCACCAGCGCGGACCACAGGGGCAGUUGAGGGUUCCGCCGAAGGAGCGUCUCGUGCCGGGCACCAACUACGCCAUGUACAACGAUUUGGGGGUUUAUGGGACGCCGGGACAGAUAAAAGCCAAAAAGUUCUACAAUCCGUCGUACGCGAUGCGCGAAAUGGAAAAAUUCACUCGCGAAGUCGGCGGCUAUUCAUUCCUGUACGCGGAUAUUUUCAUGGAUGAAAAAGAGUUCAACGAGAUGUUCGACAUGGAACUUUAUGAAAAGGUCCGCAAACGCUACAAUUGCAACGAAGCCUUUCCACGACUUUAUGAUAAGGUCAAACCCGAGGUCGAUGUGAUCCAAAUUAGCGAGGAAUUUGCAAAAAAACAAAAA